AUGAAUAUGGGCCAGGACGUUUGGAAAAGAGUACUAUACUGCUCCACGAUCAGUGUCCUGGCGUUUCUUCCCGUGGCACUGGCAGAUGCCAAAGUGCUCGCGCGCGGUGACGACCGUGGCAGUGAAACUAUUUCGGGUCUGGGUGCCCGCAAACAGGAGGUGCUCAAUGCUGGUGGCAAUACUCGCGACCUGGCGAUCGUGAUGCUGGAAACGAGACGGUCGAUAACGGCUCCAUUCUCAAAUAAGGGCUCUUCUUGCCGGGUCAAGCUCGCCGGCCUCUGUCUCUCUAUUGACCCGAUGGAUGCAAGCUCCGACUUGGCCAAGGAUAUUCAAGCUCGCUACGAAGGUGAAAACCAUUUUGGAUAUGAGAUCUGGUUCAGCGGCCACCGCAAUGGCGAGUCUGGUGUGAACAAUCCCCUCACCGAGGACAUCAAGGGCGAGUAUCUCGCCAUCCAACGAUUAGGAUACAUCGACGCUAUGGCAUGGACUCAGCAGCAGAUUGAGAGUGAUUCGAAAUAUCAGUCUGACGACACCCGCUUCUGGGUGGACGUGCAGGUGAUCUAG